AUGUCAUAUAACUCACCUGAAAAAAGGCAUUCUCUUGUGGUUUAUCGUGAUCUCGGAGGUGAGUUGAAUGGAUUCAAGAGAGAUGAUACUCUUUCUCAAUCUGCAAGUUUUUUCGCAAGUGUUGGGCAGAUGGGCAGGGGUGGAUUCGGAAACAUAAACCCUAAUUCACCAAACCCCACAAACACAAACGAUAAUGAAGGUGUCAAACUUCCAUUGUUAUCAAAGGUUGUUUCAACACCCGAAUCCAGUUUCAUAGCUGUUGGGGGGUUACCAAAAAUGGAGGCAAAUGAGGAGUGGGAAAAAAGGGGUGUUUUGAAGAAGAAAGGCGGAUUGAAAUUGAAGAUCAAGAUCGGGAAUCCUUCAUUGAGGAGGUUAAUUAGUGGGGCAGUUGCAGGGGCUGUUUCAAGAACAUGUGUGGCUCCAUUAGAGACUAUAAGAACUCAUUUAAUGGUAGGGAGUUGUGGGCAUUCUACUGGUGAAGUUUUUCAAGAUAUUAUGCAGACUGAAGGUUGGACUGGCCUCUUUAGGGGCAAUUUGGUCAAUGUCAUUCGUGUUGCUCCCAGCAAAGCCAUUGAGUUAUUUGCUUAUGAUACAGUCAAGAAAAGCUUGGCUCCUAAACCUGGAGAAAAGUCAAAACCGCGUAUACCCGAGUCAUUAAUUGCAGGGGCAGUUGCGGGAAUUAGCUCCACCAUAUGCACAUACCCUCUUGAGUUACUCAAAACCAGACUCACAGUUCAGAGAGACGUGUACAAAAACCUCGUAGACGCAUUCCUAAAGAUCGUGAAAGAAGAGGGGCCCGCAGAGCUCUACCGCGGCCUAACACCAAGUCUAAUCGGCGUGGUCCCCUACGCGGCCACAAACUAUUUCGCCUACGACACGUUACGAAAAACGUACAAAAAAAUGAUGAAAAAAGAUGAAAUCGGAAACAUCGCGACCCUCUUGAUCGGUUCGGCCGCCGGAGCGAUUUCAAGUUCCGCCACGUUCCCGCUCGAGGUGGCCCGCAAACACAUGCAAGCGGGUGCGGUUAACGGGCGCGUGUACAACAACAUGCUUCACGCGCUUUUGACUAUUUUGGAAAAAGAAGGUGUUGGAGGGUUGUAUCGAGGGUUGGGGCCCAGUUGUAUUAAGAUUGUUCCGGCUGCGGGGAUUUCCUUCAUGUGUUAUGAAGCGUGCAAGAAGAUACUUGUGGAGAAAGAAGAUGAAGAAUCGUAAGAAGUAAAGUUGAGGUUUUGGUUCUUUGGUUUUUAUCUUGAUGAUAAUAAAGAUUUGGGUUUUUGUUCUUUAGAUGGUUAGGAAUUUUUGUUUUUACAAAUGAGGGAGGAUUUUUAUGUUUUGGAAUUAGUUUUUUUUUUGGUUUGACGUAUGAUUUAUCUGGCAAGUUAUAUAUAGGUGUUUCUUGUUUAUUUAACGUUGAAGGAACGUGAACGACUUAAUAGAGAAAGUCAGGGAAAUCGGGAAGUGAGACUUUUGGUAUGUCAUUUUUUGUAUGAAUUUGGUUUUGUUUAUAUUUUCUUUCCAUGUUAAGUGUAUGUGAGUGAUCUUGUAGUUGGUGUAAAUCGAUAAAUGAAUUGAAUAUGAUCGGGCAUAAUCGUAUUCGGUUAUAUAAAUUCAUUAAUC